AUGCUCAGCUGCACUACAUCCACCAUGCCCGGGAUGAUCUGCAAGAACUCAGACCUGGAGUUUGACUCGCUGAAGCCCUGCUUCUAUCCGGAAGAAGAUGACGUCUACUUUGGCGGUCCCAACUCGACGCCUCCGGGGGAGGACAUCUGGAAGAAGUUUGACCUGUUGCCUACGCCUCGGUUGUCACCCAGCGGUGCCUUGGCGGAGCACAGCCUGGAGCCAGGGAACUGGGCCACGGAGAUGCUGCUGCCUGAGGCCGACCUAUGGGGUAACCCGGCCGAGGAGGAUGUUUUUGGCCUGGGAGGACUCCGCGGCCUCACCAGCAACCCGAUCGUUCUUCAGGACUGCAUGUGGAGUGGCUUCUCCUCCCGGGAGAAGCUGGAGAGUGCGGUAAGCGAGAAGCUGCCGGAUGGCUGUGGGUCCCUGGCCGCCGGCCCCAGUACCUCCGCCCCUGGAGCGGCAGCCGCCGCCAGCUUUGCGGGCCACGCGUGCAGCGGAACAGCAAGUGUGGGGCGUGGGAAAGCCGCCUGGCUCACAGAGCUCGCCCACCUGGACUCGGAGUGUGUGAACCCUGCUGUGGUCUUCUUCCCGGAGAAUAAGCGCAAGUGGGUGCAGGUACCGGCCAUCCCCGCCAGUGCCGGUACUGCCCGCACUACAGUCAUCCGUAGUGACCACCAGGCCUUCAGCACCUCCAGAGAGGACAUCCUGAGCAACUCAGGUACUGAGGAGGAAGAUGAAGAGGAAAUCGAUGUGGUCACGGUGGAGGAGACACAGUCCUCCAAUACUGUCACCAGGCUCCCCACCGCGGCGUGUCCUGGGAACGCAGCGCUGGGCUCCCGGUGCGUGCAGUCCAGCGAGCUGAUCCUCAAGCGCUGUGUCCUCAUUCAUGAGCAGCACAACUAUGCGGCGCCACCGUUGCCCUAUGUGGACAGCGAGGACGCGCCGCCACGCAAGAAAGUCAAGAGCAAGGCUUCACUAAGGCCCCUCAAGUGCGUCCUCCCGCUGAAGCCUACAAGAUUGGGUCCCUGCAACUCGGACUUGGUGGACAAUGAGCGUCGCCGCAACCACAACAUGAUGGAGCGCCAACGCCGUGACAAUUUGCGCUCCAGCUUCCUGAACCUCAGGGACCUUGUGCCUGAGCUGGUGCACAAUGAGAAGGCCGCUAAGGUGGUCAUCCUGAAAAAGGCCACCGAGUACAUCCACACUCUGCAGGCUGAUGAGUACAAGCUCCUGGUGGAAAGGGAGAAAUUGCACGCAAGAAAACAGCAGUUGCUGAAGAAAAUCAAACACUCUGAGACGUACUAAAUAUUUCUUAAAUGGACAGUCACUACUGUUUUGCACAUGUUGACUUGAAAAAAAACCUAUUGUGUUGACAUUAAGAAUGUUGGUUUACCUUCAUAUUGGUCCCUUGUCAAGUUUGGAGCUGGAUAGGGGACAAAUCAUGGAGUUCUAGUGGGGCCUUGGAAAGUCUAGGAAUAGGAUGCUAGGUGACUUCUUUCUUUCCUCUAACCUCGGUGAUGGCCAUGAAAGUUCAGGACAGUUGGGAACUUUGGAAAGCUAUUGAAGUCAUGUUUACUUCAAGUUUCCAAGGUCACUUCUCCUUUUUCCAGCAGUGAUUACAUUCCAAUAGAUGCCACAGAAAGGGAGUCCGCAUUUGAUAUCCCUGGGGAAACAUUUCUGUAAAUUCCAUAAACUUGCCCACCAAGAGGUCAGUCUUACACUGGAAGUUCACACCUUAGUGUCGUGAUAACACCUCAAUGUUUGAGGAGCAUGUUUUGUAUACAAAUAUAUUGUCAAUCUCUGUUAUGUACUGUACUAAUUCUUACACUGUGUACUUUAGUAUGAAGCUGAUAUGUAACUAAAUUUGAUAAUUAUGUUUACAUAUGAAGAUGAAGAGUGAAGGUUUUUAGUAGAUA